GUCGAAUUGAUCGCCAUGGGGAGAAGACCGGCAAGGUGUUAUCGUCAGAUCAAGGGGAAACCAUACCCUAAAUCCAGGUACUGCCGUGGUGUUCCCGACGCGAAAAUCAGGAUCUAUGAUGUUGGGAUGAAGAGGAAAGGUGUCGAUGAAUUCCCCUUCUGUGUUCAUUUGGUAUCAUGGGAAAAGGAAAAUGUUUCAAGCGAAGCCCUUGAGGCUGCCCGUAUCGCCUGCAACAAGUACAUGGUUAAAUCUGCCGGAAAGGAUGCAUUCCAUCUCCGAGUUAGGGUUCACCCAUUCCAUGUCCUUCGUAUCAACAAAAUGCUUUCGUGUGCCGGAGCUGAUAGGCUCCAGACCGGAAUGAGAGGUGCCUUUGGUAAGCCUCAGGGUACGUGUGCUAGAGUCGCCAUUGGACAGGUCCUCCUCUCGGUUAGGUGCAAGGACAAUCACGGGCACCAUGCCCAGGAGGCCCUUCGCCGUGCUAAGUUCAAGUUUCCAGGCCGUCAAAAGAUCAUCGUCAGCAGGAAGUGGGGAUUUACCAAGUUUAGCCGUGCUGAUUACUUGAAGCUCAGGCAAGAGAAACGGAUUGUUCCUGAUGGGGUUAACGCCAAGUUUCUCUCGUGCCAUGGUCGGUUGUCUGCCCGUGAACCUGGAAGAUUGAAACUUGGAAUGGACUAG